GGAAUAGGACACGUAUUUCAGAAAGGAGUAACUGAGUCCGUGCUUCAUAGUACUCACUUCAUACAAGCUUUAGGAGGAAAUGUAAGCUCUGAGACUAUACAUUCUUCGAUAGAGCCUUCGGAAACGAGUCCUUUGGAAAGGCGAAGUCUGCUCACUCUCCGUGUCUUUCGAAGCCAGGAAAACGGUCUGAGGAGUCGAGCAAAAGCCAAAUCCGAACAAGCACAGAAGCCGCAAGUAGAAGAGUUGCCAGGGUCCUGCAGAAGAUUCAUGUAACACAGAGCAUCGGAAAAGGACAGACUGUGAGUGAAGUUGAAACCGCGGGACACAACAGAGAGUAUAUUAGUGACGCAAAGAGACUUUCAGAUAGGGCAAAUCCUCCUCGUUGCCCUCUAGAAGGAAACUCUAGCCCGCAGUCUUCUUUCUCAAAGUCACACGAACCAUAUUGCCCAGAGCUAGGCUUGCUUAAGCCGAAAGAGUUGGCCCAUCACAGCCCGAAAGCUGGAAUCUCACGCCCUGAGAAGGCCCACAGCAGCCUCAAAGGCACGGCCCCGCCGCGCUACAACAGUUCUCAACUCCAGGAGAUCCUCUACGGCGGCCCGGAUGCCCCGCCGCACCAACCCCGAGCGCCGCCGUACCACUUCGACGACCCUGGCGGGAGUCUAGCCUCGGGAGAUAAGAUGGCGACAACCCGUCAUAUGUCGCUCCUGGAAAGGAAAAAGAAACAGUGGGAAGAAGAGAGAGCCUUCCUGAACGGCGGAGGUUGCGGCUUCUGGGGUCGGCAGGCUCCGUCGGAGCCCAAGCGCGCCCCUCUACCGACAGAUAAGCCUCCAGAUAAUCACGUGCAGCAGCAGGAGGCACAGCCACAACAACAACAACAACAAGAGCAACAAACACAACUACAGCAGCAGCAACAACAAUACAUACAGCAGGAGCUGCAACAACAAUAUGUCUACCACAGCCAACAGCAGCUGCAGCAGGCACAGCAGUCUCAGCAACAGGCGUACCACAGUCCACAGGCACCCCCGCAGAGUCAGCAGCAGCUACCAAUGGGCAUGGGGAGCCUUAACGGAGCUCCUGUAUACCUGGUGAUGCCUCCUGGCUCUGGGCCUUCUGCGGCCGGCGGAGGGGUGCCACCCGGGCACGCCGGCGCCCCUGCCUUCUUGCCAGAAUUCCUCAGGAAUUUCCAGUUCCCCUCCGACCAGGGCGGGGCAACCAUCUACGAACUGCCCGAAGGAGGACAUUACAACAGGACUCAUGAAGGUGAGCCCCACUCCGCCCCGGCCUCCUCCAGAGGGUCGCGGGGGCCUGACGAAGCGCAUGAGCCCCCGCGGUACGACUUUCGGGCCCAGAGAACGCAGCAGCACGCCCAUUACCACACGCACCAUGGAGGCGGAUUGGACGACCGUGGCGGCGGAGGCAGGGCCCGCUGGGGGGACAGAGGAGUGGGCGUGGGCCAUCUAUGGGCGCCCGGGGAUGAAUCUUCACCCGGUGGCCGGUCAGGAGAAGUGUUACCCCCGGCUUGGGCAGAGCAACAGGAGGACAAUGUGCUGCCGGGGGCGCCGUUCUCCAAGCAAGGCCAAAGGACGUACGCGCGGGGAGGCGGAAUGAGCAAGAUGGACCCGGAGGAAAUGGCCGAGAAGGAAAGGAGGAAGAAGCAGGCGGAGGAGACGCAAAGGAUCAUCAAGCAGCAGCUUGAAGACAAGAAAAGACAGAAGGCUAUAGACGAAGAGCGGGAGAGGAGAGAGGCAGAGAUGUGGGAGGAGAGAGUGAGAGUGCAACAGGAAAGAGAAGCAAGAGAAUAUAAAGAAGAAAUGAGGAAAAAGAAAGAAAAAGAGGAGGCCGAGGAGCGACGGCAGAGGCAGCUGCAGUCGGCCAUCGAGGAGGCGGCGGCGAAGGCCAGGAAGGAGAAGGACGUCAGCAAGUACGGCCACAUCCGCCAGUCCUCGAGGGGCGGACCGCUGCCGGACGUCGGGGAAGAGAAGGAAGAUUUAGACCAAGAAGACUCGCACUCGAGGCCUGAGACGAAGCAGCAGCACCGUCGCCACCAGCAGCCACACCAGCAGCAGCAGGACCAACAGCAGGAGCAGCAGCAGGAGCAUCCAGAGCGGCAUCGGGAGCAGGAGCGCGCCGAGACACAGCAGUCGGAGCGCGGCGAGCAGAGCGCAUCCCCGCUGGCCCCUUCGCGCUUGGGAAUUCCUCACAUCAAGGCGCCCGCCGCCCCUGAUGGCGAGGACGAGCGAGCGAAGCUCCUGCGGAGCCUGGGCCUGACACCCGAGGUGCUGUUCGCGUCGUCCGGCUUCUUCGACCGGACGGCGCUCCUGACGCUUCUCACGGCCGCCGCAGGCCAGAGGACGUCAAUUGCGUCUCACGACUCCCCGGCAGAUUAUAUCACAGACCGCAUCAUCACCCCAACCAAGUACAGGAGCCUGCGGGAAUGCGGCACGCAGUGCGACGAGCCUCCUUAUGCCAGCCCGCGAAGGGAGACUCGGCGCCGAAGUAGCAGGAGGAAGAAAUCUCCUUCUUCUUCCUUGCCUCGAAACCCGGGUCACGCUAGCGACUCCCGCCCUCCCUGGGGGCAAAACCACAGCGACAGGCCUUACAGGAAGCAGUCUGAAAAGGACCCCUACGCUAACCGGAGGUUCAGACGGAGGAGUACAAGAUCCCUCGGACGGUGCGAGCGCGACACAGCCACGGAGGAGAGCGACAACCAGCAGCCACACCGUCGCCGGAGGAAAACGUGGGACAAGUCCCGCCAGGAGUCCCUCUCCUCGGACAUCUCCAGGUCACCAUCACCUCGAGGGAAAGGUCGCCUCAGCAGGUCUUCAUUUACCUCCAGUCACUGGCCACACAUCAAGCCCUCUCUUACGCCGGGCCUCCAGCACCGACCCUUCACGCCCGAGGCUGAACAGCCACCGCCGUCUCCGCCACCCGAAGCUGCCAGUCCUGCCGACGCUGGCAGGGAGGCGGCGGACGAGCCCGACGACGACGACGACGUGGUCACGCCCCCGUCGCCACGCGUUCCCACGGCUGCUAGAUCGAGUUCGCCCCCUGUGCCCGCCCUCCUGAACAAGCUCAAAGGCGAGUCUUCAUUCGACGUACCAGAAUACCCCCCGGGGCAGGAACCGCCGGGUGUGGAGCCCCCCCGGAGCAGAAGUCCUCCCAUCCCCACUGUUCUCAAGCGACUCAACAGCAGCGGAGGCUCUACGGGCACACCCACCCUUCCUGAGUUGCCCUCUUCCUCCCGCCCAUCGUCGCGGCCGCAGUCACCAAGAACAAUGUCGCGCUCAAGCCCAAGUAGUCCAGGAAGAAAGUCUAGCAUUGCAGUAUGUAUUGUGUAUGAGGAUAUUCAUGAGAGUGUAACUCCUGGAUUCAGCUUUGUCAAAGAGUUUGCCAUGGAAGCACAAAAUUUGAUGGUAGGGGCCUUUACUCAGAAUGAAGCCCCUACCAUCAAAUUUUGUGCUUCCAUGGCAAACUCUUUGACACUGUUAGACCCGACAGAGAACUACCGUUCACAUGGAGACAGACCAUCCACGGAGUUCUGUACAUUUCACAAACACAUGUAA